GUGUCGCACAACAGGACGAGAACGCGAUGGACGUCGAUGAGCAGGAGCUCACGGAAGCUAUCCACGAACGAACCCGCCUCGGCAAGCGUCGGGCGACGCAAGCGGCCGACGACGAACGGCCAACGAAGAAGACAAAGACAAAGCCAAAGCCAGGAAAGUCGAGCGCCAAGGCCGGCACAGGUGGGCAACGCUCGCGCACACACCAGCAGACCUCCGCGGAAGCUGGUCCCAGUCGCCGAUCACCUACUCCCCCGCCUCGACCUCAGCCGAACAGCUCUCGCUCCGAGACGCAGACACUGCAGGAACCACAUACGACCUUGCGUCGGUCGGCCCGGAUACGUGCUGCGGCACAAUCCACGACUCUCGGUGCAUCGAAGCCGGUUGUACGUCGGCGUACCUAGAAGCCUUCUAGUCGCUGUGGCUAUUCGAAUGCGAGUGAUGAGAGCGCUUGCUGUGGAUUUGGGAGCUUGGUCUUUGGAGCAGUAGCAUGGGAGUUAUUUAAAGCAAGCUGAGUGGCGUUCCGAAGUGAUUCGUGUAUAUGGAUGCUGUCGAGGGUUUGAGGAGUUUCGUGAUGCAUGCUCAGACAUUGGAUGGAUAGGGUAGAUAGUACUGUGCUCGCGAAAGCGAAUCGCUGCAUCACGUCUCGUUUGUAUUAUCGGCAAGCAAUGAACAUACGUUAUCUUAUGUGCGUUGUGAAUGUUCAUCUUUGCUUCUCAAUAUCACACAUCACAAAG